AUGUCCAGCGACACAGAAGGGGCUGCAGCUGUCUCGGCUGUGGCGCAGAGCAGCGGCCCUGAUGCUGAUGCUGGAGGAAACAAGUUCUCUCAUGCCAUCUCGGCGUGGCGGAAUGUCGACCUGACUACCUUGAUAUCCAACCUGGACAACACGGCGUCGGAGAUUGUCACGUAUCAGCGAGACUCGACAGUGCAGCGCAAGGAGUUGGCGCAGAAGACAAAGGACUUUAGGAAAUCAGAUGAUGCCACAAAGUUGACGGAGAUCAAAGGGCUUCUUAAAGCAUACCAAACCUUUAUCGAUCUCCUUACGAACCACUCCAAAUCGGUCAAUUCGGCGUUUCUCAAGGCCUACAGCUCGUUAUCAGAAGCCCCCGAUCCAUACCCGUUGCUGGAAGCCUCGGUCGACUCGAUGCUGGUAUCCGAGGAUACUCUGCCAAAGAUAACAGAAGAAAACCAGCACCUGCAAAAAAGUGUCUCGAAGCUCACGGCGCAGCUUGAAGAAUCCGAGUCGCGGCUUCAGAGCGAACGCGCUGCUCGCAAAGAUUUGGAGGAUAAUUUGGAAGGCAAGGUGAAGGAAGUGGAGGCGUCGUGGACCGCUGUGCUGGACGAGAAGAAGGAUAACUGGGAGGCUAAGGAAAAGACGCUGGAAGAGAAAAUUGCGAACCAAGAGCGCUUGUUGAGUGAAUUAAAGGCCAACUACGAAGUCAACCAGCGGCUAGGGAAAGCCAGUGGCGAUGAUCAGGAUGGCCAGCGCAAUCAGGCCUCGAACGCAGAGCUGGAGAUGCUCCACGCGGAUUUGGAGAGGACUAGUUCUCGGCUGGCUGAGGUCGAAGCGCGGAAUGAGCAGAUGAGACUUGAGCUUGCCCAAGCCAAGUCGACAAGGCAAUCUCAAAACUCGACGUCCCUGGAAGAUGACCCCGGGUACAUGCGAAUGCGCUCGGAGAAUUCCUCUCUGGUACGCAAACUGGAAGCAGCGAGGGUAGAGAAGGAAGGGUUCAAACGCGAUAUCGACGGCAAGCUACGAUCAGUAGAACGGGAAGUGGCCCUAUUGAAAGAGGAAAAGGAGUCUCUCAAGGCAAAGGUUGAUAAGUGGGCCGAUUACGAAGAGGUCAAACAGGAGCUUGAGGUCCUCAAGAGCAUUGAAUUCUCGACUGGCGACGAUGAUGAGGUGCCGCAAGACAUUGAAGGCGUCCCCAGCAAGGGGGACACGCUGGAGAAGCUCUUACUGGCACGAAACAAGAAACUCAACGAUGAGCUCACGAUUCUCCGGGUAUCGCAUCAAGACCUACAGCGUAGGUUAGAAGAUCUACAGGAGGAGCUCUCGCGGACCAAUGCGGAACUGGAGAAGGCCCAGAACCUGAACGAGAAGCUGGAGAGCGACCUGGAGAAUCUCCAGGCAGAAGGGGCGAACGCUUUCCCAUCUGGUGCAUCUGUUGCCGGCACCUACAUUACCCGGGCCCAGGGACGCAAGGGGAGGAUCUCACCCACAUCUUCCAUCAUUAGUGGAAUAGAUCCUCGGACAACGUUAGGAGAGCGUGAGCCGAUGGGAGGAGGAUCAGGUAUCCUCCCGAUGGUGACGGCACAGAGAGACCGCUUCAGGAAGAGGAACGCUCAGUUGGAGCAGGAGCUUUCAGAGAGCCACCGUGUAGUGCAGCAACUCCGACAAGAAGUGGCCGCUCUACAAAAAGACAACCUGAAUCUUUACGAGAAGACGAGGUACGUCUCGACGUAUAGCCGAGGAGGAGCCACGACGUCUUCCUCAUCGGCGUACGCAACGAAUCCUAACCCGUCAACGGUUACCAUUGGCGGGACAGGAAACCCCGGCAUGGAGCUGGAUCGGUACCGAAAAGCGUACGAGUCCAACAUAUCGCCGUUUGCGGCGUUCCGUGGCAGAGAGUCAGCCAGAGCAUACCGGCGCAUGAGCCUCCCUGAGAGGGUGGUCUACUCAAUCACGCGCAUGGUGCUGGCGUCACGGACAAGCAGAAACCUGUUUGCCGCGUACUGCGUGGCACUCCAUAUACUCGUCUUCUUUUCGCUGUACUGGAUGGGGACGGCGGACUUUGAGAGACACGCCAGCAACUUCGGCUCAUCGGCAGCGGCGGCGGCAGCGGGAGCAGCGUCUGGUGGAGGGGGGGUUAGUGGAGGGGGAGCAAGUCAUGGAGAAUGGCAAGAAGAUGGAUUUGAUGGGUAA